UUCCAUUCUACAACUGCUGCUGCAUGCAUGCGCUCAACCCCCAACGUGUAUAUAUAUAUACACCACGCAUGCUUCCAAUUCUCCUCACUUCUCUCCUGACCAUCAUCAGACUUUAAUAAAGACAUGGAGAAGCCACUUGCAAAAUCUGCUCUAAAGAAGGUUGUCAAAGCCAGUCCACAGCCUGCUAUGUCGUGGGGCUCCACAUCUUCCGGCAGUGCCAGAGGAAUGGCGGCCUCCCAAAAGCCUCAAACCAGAGAAAGUACCAAGCCCCUGGAUAUCAAACUCCAUACUCAACAAAGGGCCAUCAGACGGGCCAUGUUCAAUUACACUGUUGCCACAAAGCUUUACAUGAUGGAGCAACAGCGAAAACAGCAAGAGAAACUACAAAAGAUGGUGGAGGAGGAAGAGAUAAGGCUGCUGAGGAAGGAGAUGAUUCCUAGAGCCCAGCUUAUGCCUCUCUUUGACAGGCCCUUCUAUCCCCAGAGAUCGAGCAGGCCAUUGACAGUUCCAAGAGAGCCAAGCUUCAACAUAUUAAACAGCGGCAAGUGUUGGACGUGCAGUCAACUCUACAGUUUCCCACACUGCCGCACCAUGAACACAAUCAAAUAAUAGAGAGAGAUGUAGCGUCAUCAUUGCGUGAUAUGUGUGUGUGUGUGUGUGUGCCGCUACUUCUACUACUAGUAGGAGUAGUAUGUACUUAUACGUAGGAGAAGCACUGUAACAAUAAGAGAGAAUAAUGGCGGACCGACGACAAUUAAUUGAUGGUUUUGUCAUACGGGUAAAGAGUGUGUGUGGUAUGCUGCUCAGUGUCGUAUCAUAGCCUAUUAAUUAGAAGAUCCUAUCCCUUACCCAAUAUAUAUAUAUAUAUAUAUCAGAAGAUCCUAUCUUCAGUCCAACAGGAGCAUCUUUGCUCACCCCUUCUUUGGUUUUCUCUUGCUGUUAAUCAGAGAGAGAGCCUUUCUUCUUCUUCUUCUUCUUCUUCUUCUUCUUUUUCCUGUCUUUCUUUCUUUCUUUCUUGUUCGUUUUUCAUUUCAUUUGGUCCUGACGAUGUCUAGUUACCAUCUCAAUCUGUUAGUCAAAAAGAAGUAAGAAUGUAGAAUGUACUCUCAUGACCUUGUCCAAUGAAAAUAUUGUUGUCUCA